AAAUACUCCGAAUUUUCAAAUCCAUUUUCUCUGCGCCAAACGUCGGCGGGAACUCAUCGGAAAAGAGUCGCACUCUUCACUCCACUCUGCAAGAUUCUCUCGGCCUUCGUCCGGCGAUCGAAUAUUCAGCAGAAUCAGAAGAAGAAAAGGAGAACUAGGGCACACCCCAAAACACUUUUUCGGCUUCAAUCGCUUGUACGCAGAUCUGCGACCCUAACCCACAUUCUCUACUUAGAGAGUUUUUCUGACUUCAACUCGAUCUGUUAAAGCCUUUUGAUCAGGCCUUCUUGCUUCGGUUGUUAUUGCGUUGAAGCUUUCACUGCUUCCUUACAUCAAUUAUCUCGAUGGGAAAACCGCUUUGCUACGAUGCGGGGAAAAUAGAGGUUUCUAAAAGCUUUAUCAAUAAGAUCUACAGUGGCUUUUCGGAUAGCAUUCAUUUUGCAGCACCAGUUUCCUCUUUGAGCACAAUUGAAAUCGACGUGGUGCGAGGUGUACUUGAAACGUUACAAGGAUUUUCGAGCUCCUUGUUUUAUUGGGACGAUGAUGGAAAACGUUUUCGUGCCAAAACUGGGAUUUAUGUUACGCACCUCUCUCAGACAAGUCUUCACGCCGUUGUUAAUCAGUUUAUGUAUGCCGCUACAUGUUUACAACUAGUGGGAAUUUUGGUCACUAAAAUUGAGAAAUGGGUCAGAUCGCCUCCACCCACCUUGAGGGCAUUUGCUUGCUCUGCAUCUGCUUGGCUUCGGAGAUUACGUGAUAUUGCUCUAAAGGAACAAACGAAGAUGAGCAAUGCUGGCACUGGAACUACUCCUACCUUAUUGGGAUUGACGAAUUCAUUAUCUAGUCUUUGCUCAGGUGCUGAGUAUCUAUUACAAACAGUGCAUGGUGCCAUUCCUCUAGUAUAUUUCGAGUCUAAUUCUUCUGUUCCAGCUGCUGAUGUGGCAGUUCAUAUCCUUGACUUUCUUUACAAGAAGCUAGAUGAAGUGUGUCUAGUGCAAGGUGGUGAGGAGGAAGAAUAUCAGAUGAUACUUCACAUGUUUAUUGGGAGUUUGUUGCCUUAUAUCGAAGGUCUUGAUUCAUGGCUUUUUGAAGGCACACUUGAUGAUCCUUUUGAGGAGAUGUUCUUUUAUGCUAAUAAAGCAACUUCUAUUGACGAGGCUGACUUCUGGGAAAAAAGCUACCUAUUCAGACGAACACAGUGUCUAGAGUUAGAUUCUGAGCUUUCCUCCCCACUAGACAAAAAGGAAGUUGGCCAAAGGGAAUCCAUCGCGAUGGCUAGAGCCAAAGGGAAGGAACAGAGCAAUGGUCCUCUGUUUAUCAAGGACAUAGCUAAGGCAAUUGUUUCUGCUGGAAAGUCAUUGCAGCUGAUUCGGCAUAUUCCAAUGAUCUCUUCAGGAAUAAAUGGCAGAGGAAAUGAUUUUAAAAUUGACGAAGGUUAUGGAAAUUCAAAAGAUGGUUUUCAUCAUGGUCAAAGCAUUGCAGGUUUAACAUUGUCAGAAGUUUUUUGUGUGUCGGUAGCAGGUCUUAUAGGUCACGGUGAUCGCAUAUUCAGAUAUCUUUGCCAAGAUGACUGGUGUAAAACCAAGAUUCAUCAAUCGCUUGGAUUUUGUUUGAGAAAAGAAAAAGUUGGAAGUAAUGAAAUUGAGCGUUUGCCUAUGACUUGCUUUGAAAAAAUUUGGUAUAAAUUUUUGGUUGAUACACUCUUGGAGAAAGGAUUGAUUUAUGUUACAUCUGGAUUUAAGGAUGGAAAUAAUCUAGCUGAAACAAGUGAAGUGAAAAUGACUGCAGCUGAUGCAAAUAGACUGCCUCUUUUGAGAUCCUUCUGUCCUGAAAAUCCAGUUAUUACUGUAUGCCAAGGGAAUCUUUCCAAGAAUAGGAAUUCCUGGAAAGUACUAAAUUUAUCCAAAAAUUUUUAUUUGCCCCCUCUAAAUGAUGAGGCUUUACGAAAGGCUAUAUUCGGUAAGGAUUGUCGCACCUUUCCUGCAGUUGAAGGAACAAACUACACUUUUGGUUUUGGAUUUGGUGAAUCAGAACAUCUUCGUUCACAAGAUGACUCUAAGAUGUUAGAAGUGAUCUUUCCUUUUCCUACUGUUCUUCCUUCCAUUCAGGAUGAUUGUCGUCUGUCAGAGCUCUUACCUUUCCAGAAAAAGAGCACCCUUCCAUCAAGAGUUCUCAGCUGGAUUCAGAAUUUUGAGCCCAAAAAUAAUAUACUUCCUGUUGUUAUAAUGCAAGAGUGCCUUACUGUCUAUAUCAAAAAGCAGGUCGAUUGCAUUGGCAAGGACAUAUUGUCAAAAUUAAUGGAUGAUUGGAGAUUAAUGGAUGAGCUUGCGGUUUUACGUGCCAUUUACUUGUUAGGAUCAGGUGAUCUGUUACAGCACUUUUUAACUGUGAUUUUCAAUAAGCUGGAUAAAGGAGAAACGUGGGAUGAUGACUUUGAGUUAAACACCAUAUUACAGGAGUCUAUAAGAAACUCCGCUGAUAGUGUGCUACUAAGUGCUCCAGAUUCAUUAAUUGUGUCCCUCGCCAAAAGUCAGGGUUCAAAUAGCACAGAGCAAUCGUACACUGAUACCAUUCCAACAACUCCUCAUGGAAGUCGUGCACAAAUCUUUGGAAUCAGUGACCUUGAUUUACUAAAGUUUACCUACAAGGUCUCGUGGCCAUUGGAACUCAUUGCUAAUACUGAGGCAAUCAAGAAGUAUAACCAGGUGAUGGGUUUCUUAUUGAAGGUCAAGCGUGCAAAAUUUCUUCUUGAUAAAGCUCGGAGGUGGAUGUGGAAGGGAAGAGGUACUGCAACAAAUUACUGUAAGCAUCACUGGUUGGUGGAGCAAAAACUUCUCCAUUUUGUGGAUGCCUUUCACCAAUAUGUGAUGGACAGAGUAUAUCACAGUGCAUGGCAGGACCUCUGUGAGAGUAUGGCAGCCGCUCGUUCUUUGGACGAAGUUAUAGAAGUUCAUGAGUCUUACUUGUUGUCGAUUCAGCGGCAGUGUUUUGUAGUCCCAGAUAAGCUCGUGGGUCUCUCUCCCUCUCUUUCUCUCUCUCUUAUUUUUUUAUCUGGAUAUUAUAUUCAGUGUGACCCUUCUAUAGAAAAAAUCAAAGACUUUAUUGUUCUCUUUUGCAUUCAGUGGGCUCUCAUUGCAAGCAGAAUCAACAGCAUUCUUGGAUUAGCAUUAGACUUCUAUACCGUACAGCAGACUCUUAGUGGCGGAGCAGUUUCUGCAAUUAAGGCCAAAUGUGAAAUGGAAAUUGAUCGCAUUGAGAAACAGUUCGAUGAUUGCAUUGCUUUCCUCCUAAGAGUCCUCUCUUUCAAGCUCAAUGUGGGUAACUUUCCUCAUUUGGCUGAUUUAGUUACUAGGAUCAACUAUAAUUACUUCUACAUGUCUGAUAGUGGGAACCUGAUGACUGUCCCAAACUUGGAAAAUGCUGCAUCAAGAGCGCGAAAAGCAUUUGUUAGUAGAACAGACUGAUUGGUGGAUUUUUUUGGUUUAUUCUAGAGUUUAAGUCUAGUACUUCUCAGU